AUGGCAGCCGGCAACAACAACAGCAACAACACAAAGCUGGAUUUGCCUAGUAUAAAGAGCUGCACUUUUUCUCUCUUUACUUGGCUGGGAUGCCAUGACAUGAGACUGACAGGUUGCAAGCUACAUUCACAGCCCUGUGCACACCUUAGGACAUGUCAAGAUAUUGAUGAAUGCACAGAGGGAAUCAUUGAGUGCCACAACCAUUCCCGCUGCGUUAACCUGCCAGGGUGGUACCACUGUGAGUGCAGAAGCGGUUUCCAUGACGAUGGGACCUAUUCACUGUCCGGGGAGUCCUGUAUUGACAUUGAUGAAUGUGCCUUAAGAACCCAUACCUGUUGGAAUGAUUCUGCCUGCAUCAACCUGGCAGGGGGCUUUGACUGCCUCUGUCCCUCUGGGCCCUCCUGCUCUGGUGACUGCCCUCAUGAAGGAGGACUGAAGCGCAAUGGACAAGUGUGGACCUUGAAAGAAGACAGGUGCUCUGUCUGUUCCUGCAAGGAUGGAAAGAUCUUCUGCCGACGGACAGCUUGUGAUUGCCAGAAUCCAAGCGUUGACCUUUUCUGUUGCCCAGAGUGUGACACCAGGGUCACAAGCCAAUGUUUAGAUCAAAAUGGACACAAGCUCUAUCGAAGUGGAGACAAUUGGACUCAUAGCUGCCAGCAGUGCCGGUGUCUGGAAGGAGAGGUAGACUGUUGGCCACUCACUUGCCCCAAUCUGAGCUGUGAGUACACAGCCAUGUUGGAAGGGGAGUGUUGUCCCCGCUGUGUCAGUGACCCCUGCCUGGCUGAUAACAUUGCCUACGACAUCAGAAAAACUUGUCUGGACAGCUAUGGCAUUUCAAGGCUGAGCGGCGCAGUGUGGACAAUGGCUGGAUCUCCCUGCACAACUUGCAAAUGCAAGAAUGGAAGUGUCUGCUGUUCUGUGGAUUUGGAGUGUCUUCAUAAUAAUUGAAGUAUUUAAAAUGGACUCAUCAUUGCGGGAGAAAAAUGGACGAAAUGACCAUCCAGCAUGGUGAAGAACAGGAAUUGGUGUUUUGUUUUUUACCACAAUUACCAAAGUCUCCAUCUGAGGAAGGUGUUUGGGGGUUGCCUUUUGGAUCUAUCACUUUGUUCAUUCUUGCUAACCUAGUCUAGGUGACCUACAGUGGUUGUUAUAAGAAGUUUCCCGUGUUGUAAAUCACAUUUCCCUCAUCAAAUCAUUUGCAAAUACAUUUAAAUGAUCUCAUGGUAAAUGUUGAUGUGUUUUUUGGUUUAUUUUGUGUACUAACAUAA